UGCUAAUUAUUAAACCCAACCUCACUCUCUAGUCACUUCUUUCCCUUCACUACUUCUUCUACUGAGUUCUGAAGCACAACCAAAACGGUGACGUUUUCGAAUGAUCCCAAAUGGACCCUCCUCUCAUCAACGACUCCACAUUCUCCUCCGCUUUCGCUCUCGCCGAGAUUUGGCCCCGACCAGGCGGAGGAGAUGAAAAUUCCACCGUCACCCAACUCACCGCCGCCCGAAAUCACGGCAACGGCAAGAAGAACAACAACAACCACUCCACCACCUCCGAGGACGAUUGCUCCAAGAAUGAUUCAGGCAAUAAAAGGAUAAGAUUAGGAGGAGGAGGAUCUACUGUUGAGAAUGGUGGAGGUUUGAAAGCUGCAGAAGCUAGUUCAGUGGCUGGAAGCAACAACUCUGAUGAACAAAGCACUAAACCUUCAGAAUCAGAGCCACCUAAGCAAGACUAUAUUCAUGUUAGAGCAAGAAGGGGGCAAGCUACUGAUAGCCACAGCAUAGCAGAGAGAGCUAGAAGGGAAAAGAUCAGUGAGAGGAUGAAAAUUCUUCAGGAUUUGGUCCCCGGGUGUAACAAGAUGAUUGGUAAAGCACUUGUUCUGGAUGAGAUAAUUAAUUACAUCCAGUCGCUACAGCAUCAGGUUGAGUUCCUAUCGAUGAAGCUUGAAGCAGUUAAUUCAAGAGCCAACAUGAACCCAACAAAUGAAGGGUUUCCUUCAAAAGAUGUUGUUACCCAGCCAUUUGACAUUGCUGGAGUGAUAUAUGAAUCACACGCAGCAAGGGGGUAUGCUCAGGGAUCACAUCCUGGAUGGCUGCAUAUGCAGAUUGGUGGGGGUUUUGAAGGAGCAACAUAAUACUUGGCUUGGAAGUCUCAUUGGAAAUGAGUGAUCGAUCAUUCAGUGGGAUUGAUUACAUUAUUUUCUUUAUUAACAACCUAGUCAAUUAUUGCAGAUUGUAGGUUUGUAUGUCCUUUGUUAUAGUAUAAUAUCAUUUAUUUAUAGGAAGUGCAUCUGAUCGCAUGCGCUUCAUUAUAUUAGCAAGUAGCAACUAGAAAAGAAAAUCUGGUUUUCAUUUUUAAACUCUUGUGCAAUAGGAUUCAUCUCCCCUGAUUUGUUUUGUAUAACAAUGUGUAGCAGGUGUGUAUUUGUGUUUAAGACUUGAGACAUUUUCAAAUUUUAUUAACAGAAACAGAUGGAGAGAACUAGUAUUUUGAAGGA